AUGUCAACCACAACUUCAACCACGAGUUCUUCAACUCCAAAAUUAAGUCCUCAAACUCAACAUAUAACUUCCUCAAUGAAUUCAAGAUCAAAUAGACCAUCCCCUCCACCACCAUCAGCAUCAAACAGUCUCCAUAGAACCAUUUCCAAUUCAUCAAAUUCAAGUACAAACUCAAACUCAAACUCAAACUCUUUAUCUCCAUCGGAUCCUUUUUUAUCUCAAUAUAUAAAGUCAGAUGGAAUAAUAAAUUCUUCACUCCAUAAUCAUCAAUUAUAUUUCGAUUCUAUAAAUAAACAACGGAAAGUUCGACUGUUUGAAAUAUACCAGAAAUACCUUAAUAAUCAUAAUCAACAUAAUAAUAAUAAUAAUAAUAAUAAUAAUCAUAAAUUAAAACGUUUCAACCUUCACAAACAAUCAUAUCGUCUUAAUGAUUAUCAGCAAUAUAUUCAAAAACAAAAAUUUGAAGAAAUCGCCAAAAGACAAUCACAAUCACCAUUGAUUGAGGAGAAACAAAUAGAAGAAAAUAAACUAAAAGAAGAAGAACAUGUAACAAUAACUAAAUUACAAGUUCAACCUGUUCCAUCGGUUAGUACACAACUUAAAAAACCAUUACCUGUAGAAUUUAUGGAUUGUCCAAUUGAUGAUUUAAUUAAUCUUAUUUCAAGAAUGUUACUGUCACUUAUACUUCUUAAUGAUAAAAAUGUCCCUGUAUCAAUAUCUCAUCCUCAACCUUCUUCUUCAUCAUCAAGUUCAAAUUCAACUUCUACACAAAAGGCAACAACCACUACAAAUAAUUUACUUACAAGAUAUCAUUCCCGUUCUCCUCCACAAAUUUCAACUCAUACUUAUUUAACUCGUCUUACUAAAUUUAAUAAUUUUAAUCCUGCAACUUUACUUACAACCAUUUACUAUAUUGAUUUACUUUCUCAUCAAUAUCAACCAUUCUUCACUCUUAAUUCAUGGACUGUGCAUAGAUUUCUUCUUGUAGCAACUAUGCUUGCCCAAAAAUCAAUGGAAGAUUUCUUUUAUACUAAUGAUCAUUAUGCUAAAGUUGGAGGUGUAGCCAUUUCAGAAUUGAAUUGUUUAGAACUUGAUUUCUUAGAAAGAGUAGAAUGGAAAUGUGUUCCUUGUAAGCCAGAUGGUAAGAAGAAUAGUAUAAAAUAUUGUAAAGAUGUAUUAGAUUUAUAUUAUUCACAAUUAAUUGAAUUAAUGGGAAAAAAUUAUAGUAUGGAUGGUGGAUUAUAUUAUAUAAGAUUAACUGAUAGUAUAUCUGAAUCCAAUUCUAUAAAUAAUGGAAAAGAUGGACUUACAAAUGGUGUAUCCAUCAGUAAUAAUACCAGUAACAGUAAUUUAAAUGAUCAAACACCUUCACCUCAAACUACAAAUAAAGAAGAAGAGGAUUACGAUGAAGAAGAGGAUUAUGAUGAUGAUGAAGAGGAUGAUGAUGCAGCAGAAGACGAUUCCUUUGAUGAUGAAGAAUAUGAUGAAGAAGAUGAGGUAGAAAUGGAAGGAGAAGGAGAAGAAGAAGAGCAAUUAACUCCAUACCAUCCAGCUGUAGUCAAAACAAAAUACGAUGCUAAUGGAUUUAGUGUCGAUGGAUCUUCAUCACCACAUUUGAAAAGGCGGUAUUCUCAACAGGAAGAUUUUACAGAUGUCGAAUUGGAUAAGAAAAGAGAUCAUUAG